CAAGAUUUAAACCGAUGAACUGUACGGCAUUCCCCUGGCACUGCUGAGUCGGCUUCUUAAAACACUCCCUUAGCAGGUCUGCUUCCUCCCUCUCUGUUUUAGUAUUGGUCUUGGUAAAACAACUUUCCCUCUGACAGUCGCUACCUGCAGCAUCGUCACAACCCUGGCCCCUAGUUUGGGCUUAAGGGAAUUUUGCCCAAGCCGUUUCAGUUCAGUGCUUUAUACUAAGGGGAUGGGUUCCUCUCACUCCAUGUCAGAGGAGAUUCAAGAACUUGCUGAGAAGACUGGCUUCACUUCAGAACAAAUUGAACAUCUUCAUCGAAGAUUCAAGCAGUUAAGUGGAGACCAGCCAACUAUCCGCAAGGAGCAUUUUGACAACAUCCCUGACCUAGAGUUCAACCCAAUUAGAUCAAAAAUUGUCCAUGCCUUUUUUGACAAGAGGAAUCUUCGACAGGAGUCGGAUGGAUUAGCUGAUGAGAUCAACUUUGAGGACUUCCUGACCAUCAUGUCCUAUUUCAGGCCUAUUGAGAUGAACAUGGAUGAAGAACAGCUAGAUCGCUUCCGGAAAGAGAAGCUAAAAUUUCUCUUUCAUAUGUACGAUUCAGACCACGAUGGGAAGAUCACACUGCAGGAGUACCGAAAUGUGGUGGAAGAGCUGCUGUCUGGAAACCCCCACCUGGAGAAGGAGUCAGCAAGGUCUAUUGCAGAUGGUGCCAUGAUGGAGGCUGCCAGCAUCUGUGUUGGACAAAUGGAGCCAGACCAGGUAUAUGAGGGAAUCACUUUUGAAGAUUUUCUUAAGAUGUGGCAGGGGAUUGACAUAGAGACCAAGAUGCACGUCCGCUUCCUAAACAUGGAGACUAUUUCACAGUGCCAUUGACUGCGACUGGCUCCACAGAGCUGUUGGACCAUGGGCACUGACUAUGGGGGAUGGAGCACAGGAAGAGGGAACUGGGCCAUGAGCAGAGGAGGGAGGAAAACAGCCUCUGAGAGCAGGUUCUUUGAUACCAGAUAUCUGUCAUUUGCUCCCAGUGUGUGUGACUAAGUCCUAUGAUGUCCUCUAGUCCCUGUGUUCCCACAGGGGCUUCUUUGUGCUGUGUAGAAAUGCAUAGGGCUUAAGUGCCAACUUUUAUCGAUAAUAAAAUAUUAUUCUCUCUUUUUUUUU